AAGUAGCUUCUGGAAACCCCUCAUUGUCUUUCACUCGACUCUUACACCUCCGCCUUCCUCCACCUGUAUACUCUUUCCCCAAACUAAUCGACAAAAUCAACGAACCUCCGGCGAAACUUCACCGAGAAACAUCGCAAUUUGUGCCGGAGCCGGAAAGUUUACAGACGAUGCCUCCGAAACAGCAGUCGAAAGCCGAUCUAGCCAAGAAGCAGAAGUUAGUUGAGGAUAAGACUUUUGGUCUUAAAAACAAGAAUAAGAGCAAAAAUGUCCAGAAAUAUGUUCAGAAUCUCAAGCAAUCUGUCCAACCAAAAAUUGACCCUAAGAAAACUGAUGCCAAGAAAAAGAAGGAAGAAGAGAAGGCCAGGGAGAAGGAGUUGAAUGACUUGUUUAAGCUUGCUGUUACCCAGCCUAAAGUUCCAGUUGGUGUUGAUCCAAAAUCUAUACUAUGCGAAUUUUUUAAGGCAGGGCAGUGUACAAAAGGUUUUAAAUGCAAAUUUUCACAUGAUUUAAAUGUGCAGAGGAAAGGAGAAAAGAUUGACAUUUACACAGAUAAGCGGGAUGAUGGAACAAUGGAGGAAUGGGAUCAAGAGACCUUGGAAAAAGCUAUUGCAGAGAAGAGUAAGGAGUACAAUCAGAACAAACCAACGGAUAUUGUGUGUAAACAUUUUCUGGAUGCAGUGGAGAAAAAACAAUAUGGUUGGUUUUGGGUAUGUCCAAAUGGUGGUAAAAGCUGUCAUUAUAGACAUGCCCUUCCUCCGGGUUAUGUUUUAAAAUCUCAAAUGAAGGCCCUGCUAGAGGAAGAGACAGAUAAGACGCCAAUUGAAGAAGAGAUUGAGGAGCAGCGGUCGAAAGUGAAGUCUUCGACGCCCAUGACUCCAGAAUUGUUUGCAGAAUGGAAGAGGAAAAAAACAGAGGCAAGAGCCGCUAGCAUGGCUUCACAGAGCGAAGAAAGAGCUAAGAAUGACAGAAUGAGUGGACGAGAACUAUUCAUGUCAAAUGCUAGCUUGUUUGUUGACGAUGUUGGGGCAUGGGAGCAAUAUGAAAGAGACGAAUCUGAAAAUAAUGAGCCAGAGGUAAAUGGGCAAUCUGGUAAAGGGGACCAUGGUAGUUCAGUGCAUGGUCAUCCUGAUGCAGCAAGCUCUUCUGGUGCUGCUGCAAAUGGUGAUGCUGAUGAUGUUCCAGAUGACAUUGAUGACGACUUAGAUGAUGACGAGUUGGAGGAGCUUGAAGCUAGUUUAUCAAGAACUUCUAUCCAAAUCAAGGAGCCCGAAUGCGGUCCGUAAAUGUGAGACGAUUUUUGGGUAUUGCUCAAUCCUGGCAGUCGGUUAGUACCCCAUUCUAAUUUUGUGCCUCAAAAUGGGUUAAUUAUAUAGCGAUCGGGUGCAUGUAGUUACUGCUACAUUAAGCCGAUUUCAAUAUUGAAAAUAUAUGUUGUCAUGUUGUGUCUUUAACAUCACUAUAAUAAUUCUGAAAUCUAGUUUUUUUGAUACCAUUGAGCUUUGUACGUGAAUCAGUUAAUCACCUAUUGGGUUCUUUUGGCUUUCUGCAA